AUGUCGUCUUCACCUUCAUCAUCGUCAUCAAAUGAAGAGUUUUCAUCUUUUAGAAAAGUGCUGAUUUCCAUAGCUAGUUAUAAUGUUGAAAUUGGUUAUAGUAUUUGUGGAGGUGUAAGUGGUACUGUGAGUAGAACAGUGGCUGCUCCAUUUGAGAGACUUAAAAUUCUCUUCCAAGUACAAGAUCUUUCCGUACAAAAGCCAACAGGAAAAGAUGUUAAAUAUAAUGGUAUAAUAAGAAGUUUAAUUAAAAUCGGAAAGGAAGAAGGUAUUUCGGGAUAUUUCAAAGGAAAUGGUAGUAAUGUUGUUCGUAUCGUUCCAUACACCGCUGUGCAAUUUGUUUCAUAUGAAAAGUAUAAAGAAUGGAUGAUGAAUAUGAAUCCAGAUGGCCGAUUAACAACCUGGCAAAGAUUAAAUUGUGGUGGUUUGGCUGGUAUGACUUCAGUUAUCGUCUCCUAUCCUUUGGAUGUUGUUAGAUGUAGAUUGAGUGCACAAUAUGAACCUAAAAUUUAUCAUGGUAUUAAUCAUGCUCUUAAACUUAUUUAUCAAACAGAGGGAAUUAAAGGAUUAUAUAGAGGAAUUGUUCCAACAUUGCUAGGUAUUGCACCUUAUGUUGCUCUCAAUUUUACAACUUAUGAACAUUUGAAAGUUAAGAGUCUUGAAUAUUUAGGAUCGGAUAAUUUAGGAGUUGUUACAAAAUUGGUUUUGGGUGCUGUUAGUGGUACUUUUGCUCAAACUGUCACCUAUCCAUUUGAUGUCGUUAGAAGAAGAAUGCAAAUGGUUGGUAUGAGUGGAGCUGAAGAGCUGCCAAAGACAAUGCCUAGUGCAUUCCGUCAAGUUUAUCAAAAAUAUGGUUUCACUGGAUUCUACAAGGGUCUCCUUUCAAAUUAUAUGAAAGUUAUACCUGUAGUUUCAAUUAACUUUGUUGUUUAUGAAUAUAUGAAGAUUUUCCUUGGUUUGGCUAAGAGUGGAAGUGGUGAAGUUUAA